GCGGUCUUAGUUUGAACAAAAUGGCUGCAAGAACGCUGUCAACGAGAGCUCACUGAACGCAUUAUGACUGUCCACUCCUACAUUUGGAUUUUUCGAGAAUGUAUUUUCUUGGAUUCGUUUUUCAAUUUGCAUUCGUAGUAGCAAGGUCGUCGGUCAGAUGUUGUUGCUAACCUGCUAGCUCCUCAGCUAGCGGCCUAAACACAAAAUAUUUCAUUUUGCACUUUAACCCAAGUCGGCUAGCUAGCUAGCAAUUUUCGUCGACAAUUUACUGAAAUCUGCCUGUUUUCUUUAAUUUACAAAUGACUCCUUACAACAGUCAAUGACUAAUGCCAACUAGCUAACGUUAACAACUCAGCUACUUUUUGAGUCGAAUUGUUUCUGUUGCUUUUUCGUUUUGCUGCUUUUUUCGAUAUUUUUUUCUAUAACGUGAUACUUUUGACGUUUAGCAUUGCUUUGUGUUGCGAAAAUUGUCCUUUUAGUGCAUCGUUGCGCUAAAAUACAAAGUUCUUGCUGUGUGUUUUUCAAGUAUCGAUCUCGGUAUUUUUGUUAUGAAGCUGCUCAAACAGUUAUCCAGUCAGUCAGUAAGCCCCUGCAGCACGAGAGCUGAAGGUGGCUAAUGCUAGCUAGCUGGAUAACUGCGAAGACAAAAUUCCUGAUUUCUCAUUUACGGGUAUUUUUCGGAAAAGGCACAGGAGAAUGCUUUUCUGCAUCAUUCUCUGCCAUGCACCAACUUUGUAUUGAAAGCUGCCAAAGCUCAACGUGUGAUUACGCAAGCUGAGAGAAGCUAACAACACGAGAAGAGAACCAUUUGAUGGAAGAAAAUAAAAAUAAAAAGCAAGAAAAGACCAAGAAGGAAGCUGCUCAGAAACAGGCUGCUGACCUGAAAACCAAAGUGCCAGAGCCAGCUAAGCCCAGCCCCGGUCCCCUCCACCACCCCACCACCUGUGUGACCCUGCCCCAGGCCUCACACCCCCCCUCCUCCUCCUCUUCAGUCAGAACCAAUGGGAAGCGCGCCCCCCCUAGCACCCAGCAAACACCACAGCAGCAGACCCCACCUCAGCCUCCGUCGUCGUCCUCAGGCCCCCGCUACCCGCCCCGUGAGGUGCCCCCGCGUUUCCGCCAGCAGGAGCACAAGCAGCUACUGAAGAGGGGCCAGCCACUACCCGCCGGAGCCCUGAGUAGCCUCACCGUGACCCCUGCCUCCGACCCGCUCACCCCCGGUGCCCCCGCUUCUUCCUCCGCAGGCAAGCGCCACACAGACCUGCCCUUCCAGAGUGGUCCUGGUGCUCAGUAUGAGAAUCCCCACUGGGGAGCCUUACCACCAGCCACCGACCGCAGCAGCACCACCAGUAGUAGCUGGGAUCAAGUAAUCAUUGACGGGAGCGACACCGAGGCCUGGCCCUCCAUCAGUCGCAGCAGCGACAGCCGGCCAGCGAAUCCUUCAGAAUGUGCCACAGCCGCUGACUGUACGAACCCAGAGACCAGCAGCAACAUGAGCAUGGCCGCGGGGGCUACUAGCCAGCAGGCCCACUACUCCUCUCUCAAAGCUAACGUCACUAACGUAGCUAGCAUGAUGCAGCCUGGCGGUGGCCAGGGAGUUGGAGCCAUCGGCAGCAGGGGCUGGGGCUCCGGAUCAGGCCCCAUCACCAUGGGCCCCACUGAGGGAGCCAAACCCGACGGCCUAGGGCCCAACAUGGGCCGGAGUGGAGGAGCACCCGGCUGGAACUCCCAGCCCAGCUUUAGCCUGAACCUGAACCCCAACGCCAACCCCUCGGCCUGGCCCGUGCUGGGGCAAGAGGGGGCUGGAGGUGGCCCCAACCCUGCCUCACUACCUCCCAACGGCAGCCUGGGCAACGGUAGCCUGGGAGGGGACGAGAACAACAGCAGCAGCACCUGGGGAGGCAUGAUGAGCCCUGACGCCCCGUCCUCCAAUAAGAAUGUGUCUUUCAGCAGCAUGGAACAUCCCAACCUUAACACUGACGGACAAAACAGCCACCACACUAAGCAGCCACUCAGCCCCAUCCACGGCCUGCCUGGCUGGGGAGGCCAGUCUCCUACAGAGUCCUCCCAGCUCAACGGAGACGCAGGGAGCUCCGUCUGGGGCAACGGAGACACCAAGACAUCCGCUGACUCCUCCUCCAAGAACUCAGGCUGGGACUCGGCACCCUCCGGAGGCAUGUCCGGCUGGGGCCACUCUGGCAGCGGAGGAGGCGGGAGUGGCGGUGGAGAAGGAGGCUGGGGAGGAGACUGGGGGAAGCCCUCCAGCGGUGGAGGCGAGGCCAAAGGAGGCUGGGAUUCCUCAGAUGGCCAAGCCCAGGACCAGCAGGUAAGCUCCUGGGGCCAGCCAACCCCGGCCCCGACUAGUGAGGGUAGCGGAAGCGGGGGCAGCGAGGGGCGCUCCCACCGCAGGGACGGGACCGGCAGCGAGGACGGAGGCCCCCCUCCCCUGCCUCGCCAAGACCUGGACCCCCGGGUGCUCUGCAACACAGGCUGGGGCCAGACGCCCGUCCGCCAGCACACCUCCUGGGAGAUGGAGGAGCAGCGCGCCGCCAACGAGAGGAAAACCAGCGAGAUGAGGGGAGGCGCUGGAGGGGACACUUGGAAGGGCUCCAACAGCCCCUCUUUCGGAUCCCCACCGGACCCCCGGAACGGGGGAGCCAACCCCAACCUGGGACCAUCUCAGAGGCCAGGCUCAGGGGACUCCGGAGGCAAGAGCGAGGGCCCCUCAGGCUGGGGAGGCCCUCCACCCUCAGGCUGGGGGGAGCAGCCUGUCAACAAGGCCCCCAACGGUUCCGUCAGUGGCUGGGGGGAGCCCAUGGCCCAAGGCCACAACACCACAAACAAUGGCCCCAAGAGUGGAGUUCAAUCCUGGGGUGUCCCUGAGGGGAAGUCCUCCCCUACCUGGGACAACGGGCCAACCAAGACCCAGCAGAACCAGUCCCAGCAGAACCAGUCCCAGAGCUGGGGAGAGGGUCCCAAGUCCUCCCACGGCUGGGGCUCCGGCCACGGAAGUGGCAGCCAUGGCUCCAAUGGCUCCAACGGCUCCAAUGGAGGAGAGUGGAGAGAACCGGCCGAGGUGAAGAAGAAUGGAUCCUCCAGCCACAUGUGGGAAGGAGAAGGAGGAAAUGGACGAGGAGGAGGAGGAGGAGGGUGGAAGGACAGCCCCAGAGGAGGUGGAGGAAAUGGGGGCGGCUGGGCGUCGAAGCCUGCUCCUGCUGUUGGAGGUGGUGGCUGGAGGGAGACCCAGCAUUCCAAUAGCCCAGCACCAGGAUGGGGCUCUAAGCCCCAGGAAAGCCCCAACAACCCAGCACCAGGGUGGGGCUCCAAGCCCCAGGAAAGCCCCAACGGCCCAGCACCAGGGUGGGGCUCCAAGCCCCAGGAAAGCCCCAACGGCCCAGCACCAGGGUGGGGCUCCAAGCCCCAGGAAAGCCCCAACGGCCCAGCACCAGGGUGGGGCUCCAAGCCCCAGGAAAGCCACAACGGCCCAGCACCAGGAUGGGGCUCCAAGCCCCAGGAAAGCCCAAACGGAAAUAGUGGUGGUGUUGGAACGGGAGGCGGCAGCAUGGGGUCCUGGGGCGGCCCUGCAUCUGUAAGGCAGAGUUCCAACCCCGGCUGGGGCCCAGGGAGCUCCGGAGCCAAACCCGACCCAGCGAUGGAGCCCACCGGCUGGGAGGAACCCUCUCCUCCCUCCAUCCGCCGCAAGAUGGAGAUAGAUGACGGCACGUCCACCUGGGGAGACCCUAGCGCCUACAACAAGACCGUGAAUAUGUGGGACCGCAACAACCCCACUGGAGGUAAUGGUAACCAAGGCAACAACCCCACCCAGCCGCCGACGAGCAAGAGCAAUGGAGGCAUGGCCGUCAACAACAGCCACAACCACUCCUCCGUCCCCCCUAGCAACAACAAUCACCACCAUAUGAACCACCACCACCCACACCACGGACAACCCCCGCCACACAGCCAGCACCACGGCAACAACAAUGGAUCCCCCAACACUGCUGCCCCGCACCAGGGCGGUGGACCCCAGGGCCGACCACCUAUGGCCAACCCAGGCUGGGGGGAGCUGCCCAGUGUCCAGCAGCCCAAGCCAGAGCCGGCAUGGGGGGAACCCGCUGGCCCCUCUCCUGCAGUGGACAACGGCACCUCUGCCUGGGGCAAACCCCCUGGUGUUCCUGGAGGCUGGGGCGAUGGGGGGCACGAGCCCAAUGGACCCUACAGGAGGGGCAACAAUGGACCCUCUGGACCUGCACCCUGCAAGCCAGCCCCCAAAUCUAUGCAAGACGGCUGGGGAGGCGGGAGGGAGGAGGAGAUGGGCAUGUCUUCUGGCCAAUGGGAUGCUGACGCCGGAGACAUGUGGAACAGCCCCGCCUCCCAGGAUAGCAGCUCCUCCUGUAACUCGUGGGGCCAACCGCCCAAGAAGGGCCCGCCCAAGGGCAAGAUGGGCAACCAGCCAGACGAAGCCUGGAUCAUGAACCGUCUCAUCAAGCAGCUCACUGACAUGGGCUUCCCGAGGGAUCCUGCCGAGGAGGCUCUGAAGAGCAACAACAUGAACCUGGAUCAGGCCAUGAGCGCUUUGUUGGAGAAGAAGACUGAACUGGACAAGCGGGGCAUGGGCAUGUCAGACUACAACAACGGGAUGAACAAGCCGCUGGGUUGCCGUCCCCAGGCCCUCUCCAAAGACCCCUCCUCGGACCGCAGCCCAUUCCUAGACAAGGACGGUGGUUUGUCAGAUGACGCCCCCCCCUCACCGUUUCUGCCUUCUCCUGUCAGCCUGAAGCUCCCCCUGGUUAACAACCUGCAGCCUGGGCUGGCCCUGGGCUCCCCGGGGCUCAACAUGCAGAACUUGAACAACAGACAGAUGCAGAGUGGAAUGUUGGGCAGUAGUGGAGCAGCACUAUCCCGGGCCAUGCAGCAGCCGCCUCCUCAGCCGUCAGUGCCGCCUCUCGGCUCCUCCCAGCCUAGUCUACGCGCUCAAGUGCCUCAGUUUCUCACCCCUCAGGUUCAAGCACAGCUCUUGCAGUUUGCCGCAAAAAACAUUGGUCUGAACCCUGCACUUUUAACCUCACCAAUAAACCCUCAACAAAUGACCCUGUUGUACCAACUUCAGCAACUGCAAAUGGCGUACCAGCGUUUACAAAUCCAGCAGCAGAUGAUGCAAGCUCAGCGCAACGUCUCCGGCCCCAUCAGACAACAAGAGCAGCAAGUUGCACGUACAAUCAGUAACAUGCAGCAGCAGAUCCAACAGCACCAGCGUCAGCUGUACCAGGCCCUGCUGAUGAAGCAGCAGCCCGCCGGCUCCCACUCCGGCCUGCACCCCGGCCAAGGCAAAUCAGCCCUGGACUCGUUCCCAGGCCACCCCCAGGCAUCGGGCCUCUCCGACCUGCACACCAAAGAGCCGCAGUCUUCUCCCAACUCCUACAGCCCCUACCCCCUCUCUGGACUCAAUCCAAACAUGAAUGUAAACUGCAUGGAGGUGGGGGGCCUGUCCAUGAAGGAGCCUCCCCAGCCCCAGUCCCGUCUGUCCCAGUGGACCCACCCCAACUCCAUGGACAGCCUCUCUGGAAACUCCUCCCACAUGGAGGCCAACCUCAAUAAGCACGGUGCCAUUUCUGCUGCUUCUAACCUGGGCCCCCCUGGAAAGCCCCCCCACAUGGAUGACUCCUACAGCCCAUACAGUAUGAUGGGUGGGUCUGAGUCUCCCACCUCCCCCCUGGUUCCCCCUGACAGCUGGGGCCAGGUACCAGGAAAGAGCCCCAAGGACCAGAUCACCAAUGGAACGAAUAUCAACUGGCCCCCAGAGUUCUGUCCAGGCGUGCCCUGGAAGGGCCUGCAGAACAUUGACCCUGAGAACGACCCCAACAUGACCCCAGGAAGUGUUCCCAGCGGCCCCACCAUCAACACCAACAUCCAGGACGUCAACCGCUACCUGCUCCGGGACCGCAGCGGAGGUAAACUAUCUGACAUGAAGUCCACCUGGUCACCCGGGCCCAUCUCCCAUCCCUCCCAGGCCUCUCUAUCCCACGAGCUGUGGAAGGUCCCCCAGGGGCCCCGUAACAACACAGCCCCUUCAAGGCCACCUCCUGGCCUCACCAACCCCGCCAAGCCCUCCUCCACCUGGGGAGGAAACUCCCUGGGCCUGGCCCAAGGCUGGAGCAGCUCGUACACCUCAGAGGGCACCACCUGGAGCACAGACAGCUCCAACAGGACCAGUAGCUGGCUGGUACUGAGGAACCUCACCCCUCAGAUAGACGGCUCCACCUUGCGGACGCUGUGCAUGCAGCACGGCCCCCUCAUCACAUUCCACCUCUUCCUGACCCAGGGAAACGCUGUGGUGCGAUACAGCUCCAAGGAGGAGGCUGCCAAGGCCCAGAAGUCCCUGCACAUGUGUGUGCUGGGGAACACCACCAUCCUGGCAGAGUUUGCUGGGGAGGAGGAGGUGAACCGCUACUUUGCACAAGGCCAGCAGCAGCUCCCGCCCACCACCAGCUGGCAGCCCAACUCCGGCACCAAUCAGACGCGCAUGGGAGGAGGCGGAGGUUCGCAGCAGCACGCUAUUGGCCAUCACUGGAGCAGCGGCGGUGUGGGCCUGGGGGGAGGAACCAAGACGGGCGGAGGCGGAGACCUCCUGUGGGGGGGCGUGCCCCAGUACUCCAGCCUGUGGGGGCCCCCUAGUGGCGAUGAUAGUCGCGGUGUCAUCGGGAGCCCCAACCCCAUCAACACGCUGUUGCCAGGCGACCUGCUGAGUGGAGAGUCCAUGUAGGACAACACACUAACAAACCAACCAUGAGGAUGGAUGUUUCAACGCUGGAACAGAGUGGAAAAAUAUUAAUAAUAAAUACAGAAUUACACAAAAAAAUGACAAUGAACAAGAGCAAAACCAAGCAAAUCAUGUGGCGAUAAUCAGUAUCAACGGAACUGUGAAUCGUGUACCGGAAGGCUGGGGCCGACGACACAAGACUGCUGACCCCUACACCCUUCGGUUUUUACGUUUUCGUCUUUUUAAAAGGGGAUUUUGUUUUUAGUAUUUGAUAAAUUGUUGGAAGCAAACAAAAAUGAAAUGUCAAAGACUCAAUGAAGAGAGAACCGUUAAGUGUUUUUAAGUUUCCAUGAAUAUCGCACAUUCUGUGAAGUGUUUUUAAGGAGAAGCAAUCGAAAAAGCUGCCAUCUUGAAUCUUUCCUUUGCCCACGAAACUCCAAAUUGAUUUUUUUUUUUAAAUACCAUUCCCAGCAUGCCCGUGGCCAAUGAUGUGGUUCAAAGACCUUUUACUUAUGUUAUUGUUUUGUUUCCAAGCACUAACAUUAGCCUUAAGUGCUCUACUGCGGCCCAGGUCCUCCUUCAAUCUCAAGCCUUUUUCAUUGUUUUGAAAUUGUAUGAGUUUAAAAGCUUGCACAGUUCCCAUCUCUGAGCCAGUGAAUGGAACAGAACAAGUGUGAUCAACCAAGGUCGUAUUCACUAGGAACGAAAUGGAAGCAAGCGGACCGAAACUGAGGGACUACCUGAACUUUGUCCAAUAAGAAAAGCUUGUUUUCGCAUGCUGUUGCAAAACGUUUUGCCAUGUGUGCUCUAAUGAAUACGACCCCCCCAAGUCACUCGGCAGUAUGAGGCCUGUCAACACUGACCCAACCAAUCAUCAGUUGAAACCUUUUCCGUUUUUUUGGUCGUUCAUUUGUUCUUAAAGGGAUUUACACUGCUGUUUAUGUUAUUUUUGUAUAUCCAGGCGCAUUUUUAUAAUAUCUAUCGCAACAUAAACUGAGAGAUUAUUACACAUCGACCGACCUAGCUGCGUCUGUUUUGUGUGUACUUGAGUAUAUGUCUGAUGGAACCUAAUCAUUCACGUCUGGGAGUUCAGAUUACCACUGCUCAGAAGAACUACGACUUCCGCAAAACUCACCUAACGGGACUUACAGGUGCUUCUUGUCAAUUAACAUUAUUAGAUGAUUCCGUUGUUGACCCUCUCGUCCCCAUUAUGGUCCACCAAUUUCUGGAAACGACAACAAAAAAACGCUUCAACUUGAUGUGACAGUUACAUUGUGCAAUAUAUACGCCACAGACCCUUCUUCCGUCCACACUCAAGUCAAAGCAGGAGCUGGUAUCUUUACAUUUUUCGUUCUUGAUUUUUGUUGUUGUUGAUCAAAGCAAAGAACUUAAGAACUACAGAAACGUUACCUUUUCUCAUUUUUGAUUCCCACCAGGCCACUCCCUAAGAAACUGUUGCGGAGAGGAGCGAGGAUGGUGUUACUAUUAUAACUGCGUUCAGAAAAGGUCCCUGCAGCCCUGAAACUCCUCAUAUACGUACACAUUGAACUGGGGUACAUGAGAAAGUACCAUCAGAAAGCCCUUCCUCUCUGCGUUGCCACAGCCACACCGAACAGGCUGAAUCCAGAUGGGGGAGUCACUGGAGGGGCACAAUACCAAAUAAGAGGGGUUUCUCCUAAUGCAGUAGAUCUACUACGAGUGUUCCUUGUAUUUGGUACUGUACAGAAAUGUAAAAGAGAGACUAACCUUUUGUCUAUUUCAAAGGGUUUUAUCAUAGCACUUAUGAAGAGAGCUAAACACUUCAACUUGCAAACCAAUAAAUCAGAAAAAUGGAGCAACAACUUUGAAAACUGAAAAAGACAAAAAAAGAACUUGCUCUUUUUGUACUGUAUCUAUACUUGGAAAUAACUUCUGGUAUUUGUUUGUUCCUCUUUGGUCCAAGGACUUGUAUGAACUUUGAAAUGGUAGCAGGAUGAAAAAAAAAAAAAUGGAAAUCUACUUUUAUCUGGGGGGAAAAUUCUGCAGUGUAUGAUUUUUUUCUAAAGACAUUUUCUUUUAACUAUAUCAAAGUGAAUAUCACUGUUACUCCUAAAUGUUUAGCCUUUUUCUUGUCUGGAGACACUAGACAUGCAAUGUUACCUGUCUCCGGCCAACGGUCGGUCAGAGUGGGGAGGGGGAUGGUCACGGUCCACUGAGUGCCUCUCUGCUGUGGUGCCCAUGGCGACGGUCGCUAGGCAAGGCUACCCCCACAGCAGCAUUUCCUCCUGGGCUUGCACCAAGCUCUCUCAUUGGACACCCUCAGCCCGGCAGGAAAUCACGCUCCCUCCAAGACUGGCCAAUCAGCAUGGAGCUAGCUAGCUAACGACCGCGCCAGCAGCACUCGACCUUGUUUCAACGAACCCUCUCCAUUUCCCCUAAUCUUCUUUCACACAAAGAUCACUUUAGCUGGAAGUCAAGAGACAGUCAAAUUUCUGGAAUUUUGCCAGUGAUUGAUGAAUUUUAUUUAGUUUUCAUUUGAAGUUGUUUAUUUUUGUCUACAUGCAGUGGUCUUCAAGGUGGCUGCUUUAAACUAGCCCUUUUCACUGUUCAUAUGCAGAAACACUUUGGUCAGAGGUGCCUCUGUAUGUUCAUCCUGUGUAUUGAAUGCAAACGAGGAUCAAUACUACAGCCCGUCAUUGAUUGUCUAUUAUUAGUUAGUAUCUUAACUGAUUGAUUGAUCAUUGCUUUGUUUUGGACAGUAUGCUGUAGUACUUCCAGGUAGUAUCUCAAGAAGUGUAAGUUAGACCAAUAGGGUGUCUCAGAUGGGUGAGUGUGUCCUGCCUGACCCUAGCUGCUCCACCUGGGUUCCACCAGGGCUGUCCCCUCGCCCCCUCACAUAGCUGCUACGCUACACCCUCCAGUCCCCUCCAAAGCAACCAACCUAGACCACGGCCAUGCCCAUCCCCUUGACCAGACAUAAAAAGCGACUCAGUUCUGUUUCUAUGCAAAAGACUAGAGGCUGCGGGCCCUUUACAGCCAACGUGCCAAUCCUGCCUUAAGGGUUGAGCACCGACUCACAGAGCUAGACCCAACGACCUCCUGAUGUAUGUACCCUUCAGCACUUAGAACAUGUCCGCUCCUGGUCCUUAUAGCUGGGUUUAAACCACAACACUGUCGUAUUCCAAACUUCCACCCUCCCUCUAUGGGGAGUUAGUACCACUGGAGUGGAGGUAUAGUAGGCCUCUCUUUACUGUGCUGAAGAAGACUGAUCUCCUGUCAGCUUGAUCUCAGGGUAGGAGACGACAUUAAAAGAUGCAGCUCUCUCUGUAUGUAUGACCUUUUGCUGUAGUGUAAGAGAGCCAACUUCUACACUAACUAAUGGCAAGCUGUGCAGUAGUACUAUAGACUUGUAUUGGCUGGAUAAUUGUUUUUGGGAAUGGAAUAGUAAUGAAUUCCCUUCACAACUAUGGGCCUACUGUAAUGUUACAAUGUAGAGGCCCAUUCUGCAUGUAAGAUGCCAAUGUUAUCCUAUGUGCCAAUACCAAAAAAAUAUAGAUCUAUUAAACUAGCCCAUGUUAUACGAUCUGGAGAAAGAGCUCUUCUCUGGAUGGAGGAUCUUUGAUAACCUUUGUGAUGGAGGCAGGGGGGCAGGAGGGAUUAAACAGAUGGGUGGGGGCAACACACCUCAUCCUGAACUCCUGAGAUAAUAUGUCUGUCUCAAAUGGCACCCUGUUCACUAGGUAGUGCAUUAUAUAGGGACAUAGGGUGCCAUUUAGGCAGUCUUUGCUUUAGUGGGGAAUGCCCCGUUGUUGAGGAUAAAAUCUUUACUGAGUUUGCGGGAUCCAAGUAUGCUACGGUGCACAGUCAGUUUGACGGGUAAUCCCGGGUACAUAUUUUUUUAAACCAAAUAUUAAAUUCUUCAAUUUUAAUGUCAUUUUUAAUAUGACGUUUGACACAAAAUCUAAAAAAUAAAAUAAAAAGUACAAAAUCAAUAAAAGAUCUAUAUGUUAAAACUAAAGCGCUGCACUUCUAGCUGAAAUGUCUCCAGUCUAACUUCCAGAAUGCAGGCUGGGGAGCCUUUUUGUGGAUGCUAUAUUUUAUCCUAUUUGUUAGUGUUUCCGCCCAAAGCAGGCCCACAACUGUAUAUUUCCACAGACCCAGAUGGCUUCGGGCCCACUAUCAGCCCAGGUCGCUCGCCUCACUGCGUCUGCGGUGGGCAACGAGAGGGGACGCAUUUCAAAACAAAAAAAAACUAAAACGGGAUAAGGCUACCUUUUGGGACUCUGUGAGGUGUCCUGCAGCACACUAGCAAAAAUCACUAUUGCCUGUUUCUGUAACUGCCUUGAUCCAAGCUCAGAGACCAAUUAGCCGGGUGGGGGCCUCCAAACGUCCCCUCUGUGUGGGGGGGUCCCCCUGCUGCACCAGCACUGAGGGACACGCCGUGCACUCUCUCUACAGCUUAACUAUAGAUAGAUGUAUGUGUAUACAUACACAUACGGAUAUGUACGUACGGUGUGUGGUAGGUAGCACAUCAACAGAUAGACACCUUGGAUCUCAACCUCUAAAACCUUUUGUUCCUUUUAAAAGGUCUGGGUUCAAUACAAACUGAAGAUGAGCAAUAUUUAUUCCCCUCUGCAAAUAAGUGAUACGAAGGGAAUGGGGUUAGGGGUUAAACUGGUACUUGAUGGAUCAUGAAUAAUGUCUUUCCUACCUGGAGUUGGAUAUGCACGUUCUGGAUUUAUGAACAUAUUACAGUAAGUACCUUGAAGUACUUGUAUGUGAAUUUGUCUAAACAACCCAACCUGAAAAUCACCUGUUUUUUUUUUAUGUAUACUUUCCCAGUAGAGAAAAAUAUCAUUAAACAUAUCAACACAAAAAUACACAAAUACUUGAAUCAAGGAGAACCAAUAACGUAAUGUGAAGUCUUUUGUAAAAAUAAAAAAUUAAAAGAUUUUAAAAAGUCUGACUUGUACACUUCCAAGCUUUUUGAGGUCAUCAGUUUAAAAAAAUAUAUAUAAAAGAUAAAAAAAAUAUUGGAGAAAAAAAUGUGCUAAAAUUGUUGUGUGCUUGAAAGUCAAAUGUAUGUGUGCAAACGACUGUGUGCUUGGCAGGCUUAGGACUGCUGUCAUGUUCCAUUCAGUAUGUUGUGUAUUGACAUUGUUGUCUGUCCUUUUAUUCAGUUUAUUUUUUGCUUGUCAACUAUAUUUUGAUAGACAUUGUUAUUAUCUUCUAACAUGGCACUGAGUGUCUUCUACCCCUCACUCAGCUAAUCGUAGACAAACGAGACUAAGUACUGAGGGGAGAGGGUGAUAAUUCAUGUGUAAAUGUUUACUCAAGGACUUAAUGGGGAAAAAAGUUUUUGUUUUAUCUGUAAAAUGUUUAUCUACCUUAUAGUGGCUUUUAUUGUGGAAUAAUCCAAAACAAGGAUUAUCAUUGAGUAUUGCACCAUUUUGUUCCGAUUUACAUACAAAUGUAAUAAAUAGACUACAAAAAAUUAACAAUCUAAGAAUUGUGGCCAUAGAUAGUAGUAGGACUAGUAAUCCCUAUGUUAACUUCAUGAAGGAAAGGGAUAAUGUGGGAUGUGAGUUUGUUACAGGACUCAUUUCAGAGGUGCCUAUCUUUUUUCUUUUUUUUUAGCAAAGCCACCUGUCGUUUACAAACAUUUCAUUUGUCUGAAGUUGAGGAAAAAGGAAUUUUAUAAUGAAAAUGUUGAAAAAGAUAGAAUUUAUCUUCCAUCAAAUGAAUAUGAACAUUAAACCAACUUUGCAAAAUUAAGAUUUAUGCUACUUUCAGAACUCUGGGAUUGAUCAGUGUUGUGUCGUAUUUCAAUUUUUAAUUUCUCUUUUUUGAUGUUGACAGACGUAUGUAUUGAUUUUAUUUGAAUUUUGUCUUGUAAAAAGGCAACGCAAUCUGCUUACUAUCUUGCACACUCGUAAAGAUGUGGAUCUUGUCUCGGGAAGGCCAGGUUUUCCAGAGUUCAAACUCCACCAUUUUUAUUUAAAUUUGAGAGUUUUAAAUUAGAAUAACUUUGAGAAAUCUAACUCCAAGCACUGAAAGUUAGGGAUUUAAAUAGAAUAUGAAAUACCAUUGGUUCUAAAAAUCCGUAGCGGUUACAUAUUUACCAAAUAAAUGACAAAGUGGAGUGCUUUACAUGUAAAAUCGAUGUAGAAAUUGCUUUACAUUGAAACAAAUGAUCAAUGGUUUUAGUUUUACUUAUGUAUUUUCUUUGAGGUUCCAUCCUGUAACGUUCAGGAGCAUUGUGCAUUACUCAUGUCUCUGUUCCUGUGGCAGGUAUUCAAUGAGUUAAGAGAUUCUAAUGUCUAAUAGAUGGUUUUCAGGAGACAGGUUUGAAGUGGAGGGGGGAAGCUGGUUUUUAAAGGCUCAUGAUCUAUGCACAAGUGGGAGGGAGAGAAUCCAGGCCUGCUUUUCUCUUGGGGCCCGGGACUCACUCUGGGGUUCAGGGUUUGAUGUAGGGGUGUGUCUUUGUUGUGAUAUGUUAGAUUUUCUUCCCCCUCAUCAGAUUUAUGGCAAAACUUUGUAUUGCUUCACCAUGCUGUGUAAUCCUUAACCAAUGAGCGCUUAUCCUUCUGCUAAAGCACUGUGGGUUAUACUGAGAAAAAGCCCAUGACUUAAGGCAGUCUGGUUUUUGUAAGGGGGAGGAGGUGGUACUCUGCCUUCAGCCUUUAUUAUUUAAAAAAACAUUAAGGAGAAAUGUCUGUGCUGAGAAAGUUGUGGCUUUUAAUGUUUUUUUUUCUCCUCAUAGAAUGUAAUUGUUAAUGACAUGCACCGGGAAAAAACAUGUUAACAAAUUAUGGCGCUUCUUUCGGACUAUAUUAAUAAAUUGACAUUUUUUCUUGGCUGUUAA